AUGUUUAAAACGUCAACCUUGUAUGAUCAAAUACACUACCAGACAACAAAUAAUUUAACUCCAAUACGAGAUUAUAAAAAUGAUUAUUUCCACGGAGAAGAUGAUAAAUUGCCAAAAUUCGAAGGGAAUAAAGUAUGGAGGUUACAAUCACUAAAAUACGACAAAUCGCAACCGAUUAAACGCCCGCUUAGUCUUGAGUUGAAUGAUGUCACGGAACCUCUGUCAAUAUCUAUAACACCACCCUCCCCAUCCGAUAGUUCGUCCUCCAACGAUAGCGUAAAUUCAAAAGAGAGACAAGAUUUUUUUAAUUUAUUGGAAAACUUGCAUGAUUCUGAAGUUGAAUUUUGCAAAAGCUUAAAACUCGUUAAUAGUGUUUACCGUGAAUCACUACAUCAAAAUAAACAACUCUAUAACAAAUUGAUUAAGGACUGUUCCACUGAUGAAUUACUCCUCUUCGGGAAUAUUGACACCAUUUGCUCUAUUAGUGAAAUAUUCGUGACAUCCUUACGCAAUAUUCUGAAGUUGAAUAAUAUAGAUGAUUGGGAUAUUUCUGAAGAAAACUUUAGUGGUAAAGGUUCCAAAAUUAUAUACGAACCAAAGAAAAAUGUCAAUAUUGCAUCUAUCUUUGAACAACAUUUGUUUAGAUGUAGUUCUACAUACAUGAGCUAUGCUGCAGGACAUUGCAAACAAAUGAAGCUAUACGACGAGCUUACAAUCAAUAAAAGAUUUCAGGAGUGGUAUGAAAGUUGUAUGAAGAGAGCUCAUUUUCGUACAUUAAGAGAUCUAUUGAAAUACCCACUUAUUAGAGUUAACACAUGGCUCUCGAUUAUCGAUGAAAUAAUCAAAUUAAUUCCUUCUAUUUUAAACGCUGAUGAGUGUGAUGAAAUGUGCAAAAUUAGGGACAAGUAUGUUCUAUUUCAAAAGAAACUCACAAUUGAAAUUAAUGACUAUGGCUCUAAUCCUGAUUUUGAUUUUACAUUAACUCCAAGUGAAAUAAUCCAAAAUUAUGACAACCUUGGUGAGAGUAAUUGUGAAGAUCAAUUAGAUGUAUCUAAGGAUAUAGAUCCUGUAAAUAAUAAUGCCAGAUUUACAACAUCAUCUAGCUAUUAUUCUGAACGUCCGUACUCCGAGACAAGUUGCCAAUCAAGCUCAAACUCUAUAAGUGAACGAAAUUACACAGAAGAGACUACGAUUCCUCCCGAAACUCAAAAUAGUUUAUUAGAUUACAUCAUUGUCUUUAAAAAGAUGCACCGUAAACUUCAGAACUUGAAUUUUUUCAUUUCGAGAUCAGACCUGUUUACAAUUCUAGAUGCAAAUUUAAAGACCAUGUCAAAUUGGGAAAACAUGAUAAACUUUGAAAAAGAUGGCUGUCAAUUAUUCCCAUUUAGCGAAUUAAAGUUAUACGAUUUACGCAAAUAUAAACAAAAUAUUAUUCAUAUGAAGGAACAAAUUACCGUCUUACGCCUAACAGAUCUAGAACUCGGUGUUUUGAAUCCUCUAAAUACUAUCCUCAAAAACUGUGGUGCGAUAAAAGUACAACUUCGUGACCUAAAGGUUUUAGAAAAGGACUAUGUUGUUUAUUUAAAGGAAAAGAAGAAAAACGUUCACGAUAUAAAAAGAAAUGUUAUUGGGAAACAUUAUGAAGCGCUACAAUUAAGUUUGAAGAAAGAAUUACCUAUAUUCAUUAACCUCGCACAGAAGAUUCUCACUAUAUGUCUUAGUCGUUAUAACAAAAUUAUGAUUGACUAUUUCAAAAUUCUCUCAGGAGGUGAGACACUGCUCAAAGAAGAUAGAGAGCAUCGUGGACCUACAUAUGAUCCAAAUGUAUCAUCGAAUCUUGAUUUACUACAAGCGUAUUCAAUCUCAAGGUCGCAUGUGAAACGACUAAUAUACACCAAUUGGCCCUAUGAAGGACAACCAAUAAAUAGUAAGAUUGUAAGAACUUUGUUUGAGUUCUGA